CUACUAGUAACGCAUAACACAAUCGGAUGGGCCAUUCACCGGGUAACCAUUGAAUCGGACUGUCGUUGGAUAAGUAGGUUUUUCGAUUCAUGCUAUCACAUGGUGCUUAUAAUAUCAACUUGUGAAAUUAAAUAAAUACAAUUAUUUUUAACUUAAAAUAUUUCAUUAGUGUUCAUAUAAUAAUUUUAUUUUGUUUUAAAAUUUUAAAACUGUACAAUUUUUAUAAUGUUUAAGCAAAAAUAUUGGGUUUUGUUCCUCGAUUUCGCAUUACUACUUUUGGUUUCGAUUGCAUUGGUUUUAGUAGAAUUUGGAACUAUUCCACACCUACAGAGUAUCGGCUUUUUUUGCGGGGACCCAAAAAUAAACUACAAAUACAAAGGUGAUACAGUGGAGUCCCAUGUACUCGUAUUAGUUACGCUCAUAGUUCCAUACAUAACCGCAAUAAUGACUGAGUAUUUCACCAAAGAUACCAAUAAAUUCGAUUCCGGGCGGUAUGAAUGGCUUAAGGAAUCUUUGAAGUGGUACCGAAAGUUUAUAUUGGGAGUGAUAUUUGUAUUUUUUAUCACAAACGUUGGAAAAAUGUUGAUUGGUGAACCUAGACCACAUUUUUUAGAUACCUGCCAUCCCGAAGAAGCUAAAAACUGCACCAAUAAGUACAUUGACCAAUACACAUGUACGAACAAAAAAGAAAAUACAUACAACGUAAGAGAUGCUAGCAAAUCGUUUCCAUCAGGGCAUGCUUCCAUUUCAGUAUACGGAUCAAUUUCAUUGGCUUGGUAUCUACAGGAUAAAUGCAAAUCACGUUCGAUGCUGUUGAUGCCAGUCUUACAAGCGAUUUGUAUUUUCUGGGCAAUGUUCUGUUCUCUUACUCGAAUCACGGACCACAGACAUCAUUGGUGGGACGUAUUGGCCGGUUCGAUUAUCGGAAUUGUGAUUUCUACGUACAUAAACGGACUUUUCGAUAAACAAAAAACCGAUAACAAAUCGCAUUCAACCACUGAAACUUGGUCCAACGAAACUACAGACAACGGAUAUUUAACAGGAAGAUUACUAAACGUAGUUACCGAUGGUAAAAAUCCAACUCUGAAUUUAUAAUUUUCUCCUAAAAUUCAACUAUAAUCUUUAAAUAUCUACUCACUUUAUAUUUUUACACUGUACAGCUUUUUUUUUUAACGAAAAAUGAUUUGUUAAUUUUUGAACAUCAGUAUUCUCAUCGUUACCUACGUUUAAUAUAUAUAUAUAU